AUGGUUGGCGAAGGGCGUGGCGUGGGCUUUACAGUAAAGGAUCUUCUAUGUCCUGAGCUCUAUGAUGCCCUCGCCUCCUCCACCCAUGACAUAGGUACCACAAUUACUGUCGCAUCGUCACCUGGAAGAACAACACCAGCAGCUUGUGCGAGUUCUCCUCCAUCAUUUGAUUCCCAGAUCAACCACCUUCUCGUCCCUCCUCGAAUCGUCACCUUGCGGGUGAACCGGCUGCGGUGUCCAGACACCGCAGUUGCACUUGCGGAAGCAGAAAAAUGCCUCGGAGCCAAGGGCUAUGUACACCCCGCCUUCGCGGAUAUUCUCGUUUUCCCUCGAUUUCAAACCCUUUCAGCCAACCAGCCCCGAGUUACCAGCUGUACAGAGCAUGGGGAGCCCUCAGGGAGUUUUCAGGUGGGCCCUUCCUCGGCGGAUACACCAGUGCCCAGCAUCCCUCAUGGCAGCACUCCUGACACCAGCGAUUCUCCUUUAUCUGGGUAUCACUCUCGAACUGGGGCUUUCAGAGGUCCUAUGGUGGUUGUCGGGCCGCAAUGUGGUCAGUCCGUCCUUCGAGGUUCCCACGUUUUUGCACCAGGCAUUCUCGCAGCAGAGAGAGGCAUAAGGGAGGGGGCAGAAGUGUCUGUAUGGGCCUUGCCGCGUCCCUUCAGAGGAGGCGAUCUCGUUGCAUGCAUGCGGCCACUCAAGUUCCUAAGGGGAGCCUACAUUGGGGAGAAGGACAGAGAGGCUGUCGAGCGAUGGGGUGUCUUCUGUGGGAGGGGUCGUCUGGUGCAACCACUUAAGGAAGUCUUCAUGCACAGCAAAGGGCAGGCCAUAUGCAUGCAGAGCGCCUUUGAUUUGUCCGAUCUGCCCGCCUCGUUGGUCGCGCAGCAGCUGCCUUCGUGCCUUGUGGGUUUGGUGCUCUCUCCCCAGCCUGGCGAGCAUGUGCUGGACAUGUGCGCAGCUCCAGGCCAUAAGACAGCCCAUCUAGCGUCUCUUAUGAGAAACACUGGGGUGCUAGUAGCCCUUGAGAGGAGCAAGAAGAGAGCAGAGGACAUGUUAUCCCUCCUGGCCCGCUUGGGGGCCCCCCGCGUGGAAUGCAUCCACGCAGAUAGCACGAAAGACAUGUGGCAUUGCUCGCUUGGAGAGGCUUCCCAGCUUAAGUCUCGAUUCGAUAAGGUACUGGCAGAUGUACCUUGCACAGGUCUCGGAUUGCGACCACGCAUCGUCUUUGACGACGUGGACGCGCGCUCGGUAAAGGCGGCUGCACUCUAUCAAAGACAGUUUCUCUCUAAGGGCACAGAGCUACUUAGACCGGGGGGUAUUCUAGUAUACUCCACAUGCUCUAUCAGCUGGGAAGAAAACGAGGGCAACGUAGAAUGGGCCCUUAAAAAGCUGCCUUUAGAUCUAGAGCCUGCGGAACCCUUCUACGCAGCUGCGGAGCGAAGGCAUGAAGGUUCCAAGGUGCAACGCUUCUGUGUAGCGGGAGACACUAUUGGAUUUUUCAUUGCAAAGUUCAAAAGGCGAAGCUAA